GUAAGUUUACCAAGCACGAGUUUUUCGUGCGUACAUUGUAAAGGCUGCGCAUUUAAAGUUUAAAAUUUGACGUGGAAACAUCGCUUAUUAAAACUGCUCUCGGUAUUUGAAAUGCUUCAACAGUUCAACACAGCUGGUUUCAACUGUUCACCAAUUCGUCUUUCAGAUAAGUAUUUCAUGUUAUUUUGAUUAAUUUUGCUUUUAUAAAAUGUGCAUUUUGAAUUUAGUAUGGCAGUGAUUUUUAAUAUGCAUUUCACAGUGUAGCUAUAACUUACGCAAAAUUUGCUAACUUGGUUCGAUAUGGUAUAUAUUAUAUACAUACCAAAUGUUGUUGUUUUUUAUGUUUACUACCACUGACAUUUUGCCAUUGGGUCAUGACAAAUUGAAAGAUUGCUUAUUUCAAGUCUUCAUGUGCGACACAAGGCGUGGGCGCGAGCACGUGUCUUAUAUGUAAAUUUUAUACAUGUUUAUGCAGAAGUACAAUACAAAUACUGCCUGACUCAGUUAUCUCCGCAUGACUAAUCAUUAUUUUAUAUGUUGAAUAAAGUUUACAAUUCGAUUUUAAAUACAGAUAUAGCCGGUUCGUUUGGGAUCUUCUAAGAAUAGAAGAGACGCCUUAGAAGAUCUCGGAAGAGAAAAGUAAUCGAACGGACAGCUGCCGGAAGUUAGAAGAUUCAAAAUGGCCGCUUGUCAGGAUAUUGUACCUAUUGUUUUCAAUGAAUUGUUUUUCGAAGAAAAUGAGACACGGAUGGUCGUUGAAAAGACAGGUCAUUCGAUACCAAUAAUAUCAGCACUAUAUGCAGCAGUAUGCAGAGAUGAUGUACCAAAGGUAGAAAACUAUACAGAGGUCACUGUACCUCAGUAUCUCCCAAAUGAUUUUAAAUCAUUCUUUCGUAUGACAAGAGGUACUUUUGAAAAAAUACUCCAGCAAAUUUCUGGUGCAGAAAAACUAAGAAGAAGAAUUGGCAUUGGGGGACGUCAACAAAUUGCAAUAGAUAAAGACUUACUAAUGACUUGCUGGUUCCUGGGAAACUUGGAAUCAGUACGAUCCAUUGCAGAUAUAUUUAAUGUAUUCAAAUCAACUUUCUUGGACCACAAUAGACGAAUGCUAACUGAUCUUUGUGACAGUCUUUUGAAAACAGUAAUUUGCUGGCCUUCUGACAAUGAAAAGCAUGCUGUAAUUAGUGAAUUUCAAAAUAAGAAAGGCUUUCCAGGUGUUUUGGGGGCAAUAGAUGGCACACACAUCAAGAUUUCUGCUCCAACAAGAAGACAUCAAGAUUACUUCAAUAGGAAAGGGUACUAUUCAAUAAUCUUACAAGCAGUUUGUCGCGAGGACAGACGAUUUAGAGAUGUGUAUUGUGGAUGGCCAGGAAAGGCGCACGAUGCACGGGUUUUCAGAAAUUCGCCAUUGUGUGAAGCAUUGCCAGCAUUAACUGGAAUAAACCACAUACUUGGGGAUGGAGCUUAUCCUAUCUCUCGAUACUUAAUGACCCCUUAUCGUGAUAAUGGUCAUUUAACAAGGGAACAAGUAAACUUCAACAAAACCCUGUCUGGAACACGUGUUUUAAUAAAGAACAGUUUUGGCAUGUUGAAAAGUAGGUUUCGACGACUGCAGCACAUAGACAUGGUGGAUAUUGAGUAUAUUAUCAAAGCUGUUAUUGCGGCUUGUAUAUUGCAUAAUUUGUGCAUAUUAAAUGAAGAUGAAAUCGACAUAAUUUUUGAAGAUAAUAAUCCUGACAAUGAUGUUAACAAUGGAUUGUUAGUACCACAGAACAAUGCUGAAGGUGUUAUGAAAAGAAUGAUGCUAACAAGACAGUUAAACAGGGGCUGAACUAGUCUAUGAAUCUGCAUUUGAUUAUUCGAGCCAUAGUUAUGAAAAUUCUAAAAAAUAAGUGGCGUAGAACACAAACAAAAAUUCCUGUUUUGUUACUGGAUUUUCAAGUCUUUCACCAUAGUAAUUAUUGCUUUCACAGCUUUAUCAAUAGAAUCUAUGAUAUGAUCAAAGUAUUUUAUUCCUUUUCACAAACUAACUUUGGAUACAACAUUUCACUAUUUGCCGAAACAACAUUGCCGAGUUGUUUUAAAUAAAUCUACAUCAUGGUUUUGUUACUCAAGUAAAAUAAUAAAUAAGCUUGUGUGUUUUUUCAUGUUUAUUCACUUGGCAUUUUACCAGAAAAAUACUUGCAAUAAAAUAAUCACAGUUCAACAAAAGAUCACAUUUGGUUCUUUGUAGUCUUUUGAUAUGGUUCCCCUCAUUUUAAAUGUUGUCACUCAUUAUUAUCCUUAAAGAAACUCGUGCUAUGCUUAAAACUAUAAGAAGUAGUACAAUAUUUCUACAUUAACUUUUUGUUCUCAGAUGUAUUAUUUGAGUGUUCAAUGAAAGUAUGUAUAAAACCUUAAAACUUCUGAA